AUGGCUGGAGUGCAAUAAAAGAUCUUCAAUAAUUAAUUUGUUGUAAAAAAAAGGAUUUCUUCAGGUUCAUUUGGUGUGGUGUAUUAAGGAGUUGAUUUGCGCUCAUCAGACCAUGUGGCAAUUAAGGUUGAAAAGUUAGAGGUGGAUGAAUUAUUGAGUUUAGAUAGAGAGGUUGAGUAAUAGGCAUAUCAUUAGAUUCAAAUACUGAGAUCAGUAUAGGGAGUGCAGUAAGUUCCUAGGUUGAAAUGGGCAGGAAAGGAUUAAGGGAAUAAUGUAAUGGUAAUUUAGCUGUUGGGUAGAGAUCUUACUCAUUAUAUGAGAUAGAGAAAACGAUUUAGUCUGCCUUGUGUUUUGAGUAUUGCAGAUUAGAUGCUAACUAUACUUGAAAACAUUCACAAUAAGUACAUUUUCUAUUGAAGCCAGGGGUGUGAUUCAUCGAGAUUUAAAGCCUGAAAAUGUAUUGGUUGGAAAAGAGAAAGAGAAGAAUUUAAUAUAUUUGGUUGACUUUGGAAUUGCGAAACACUUUAAAGAUAAAGAUGAUAAACAUAUGUAUAAAAACUAAGUUAACAAUAGUCCAUUCAAAGACAACAAGCCAUUCCUAGGAACUUCAAGAUAUGCAAGCAUAGCAGCACAUAAAGGGUACGAGUUAUCAAGAAAAGAUGAUCUUGAAUCACUAGGUUAUAUGUUAAUGUAAUAUUGAUACAAUAAAGAGAUUUUUAUUGAAGGGAAGUUUGCCGUGGUAAAAUGUAGAUUAUAAAAACGAAGAAGAAAAAGUUAAAAUAGUAGGAUUAAUGAAAAUGAGAAUUUCAUCUCAGGAAUUAUGCCAAGACUUGCCAAAUGAAUUUAUGAAAUUCAUAGAUUUAGUAAAAAAGAUGAGUUAUAGAGAGAAACCUGAUUAUAAGUAAAAAUAUAGAUAAUUUAGAUACUUCUAAUAACUAUUGAGAAGAGUGGCUAUUUAGCAAUAAGCUGAAUAUAGAUUUGAUUGGUUAGAUGAAAAUAAUCAAGAUAGAAAAUCCGGAUCUGUUUCUCCUAAAAAGCAGUAAUCCAUUAAAGUUAUGGAUUAAUCACAUCUAAUUUAAUAAAUCUAUUCACCUAAGAAGUAAAAAUAAAGUGAAGAAUUUGAUGAUACUGGAUUAUCAAAGAGAGAGUCAAAUGGGAGAUUCUCCAUUGCUAACAACUCUUUAAAUCUUGUGCCUUGUGAAAGCAAAUUAAAUUUAAGACACAAAAGCACAAGUUCAUUUAAUGAGUCAAAUUAACAAUACAGUGACAUUCAACCAGAGGUCAGUUGUAUGAUAGCAUAUCAAAGAAAUGUGAGAUUUGGAUCAUUUCAUAAUGAAAUUAACACUCCAAAAUAAGCAGAACGAAGUACUUCUGCACAAAAUAAGAUUAGAGUUGUUCAUAAAUUAAGUUUGGAUGUCAAACCCAAUUGUUAUAAUUCCAUUGUUGAAUUGCAAUUGGGACUCAUGAACAAUCCAUCAAUUAUGGAUUUUACUGUUAGGAGUUCAGAUUAAAUGAAUGAGGAUGAAAGUCCUUGUCUUGAUGACAAAUGCAGCUUUUUAAAAAAAGCUUCUAUUGAAAAGUAUAGAUUACCUUAUAAAUUGAUAGUUAAUUUAAAAAUCCAAUACAACUCUUCAGAAUAAAUUACAAAGAGAGAACAAGAGUUAAACAUAAUUGA